AUGCAGUGCACUCCUGAAUCAAAUGUCUACCCUGCGAGCUGCAAAGGCCAGCACUGUUAUGACGAGUGCUCGGACAGUGGAUACUCGGGUUUAUUCCACAGCCCACAGAGCAUCAGUAGAGUUGACUCCUGUACGUCUUUGUCUCCAGUAGAAUUUAAUGAAACGCCUAAAGAGAACCUCAGGCUAUCUGUCACACCUAAGGAGAGGACCAGAGAACCAGUCGGCUUUUCCCGCAAGGACUCCAGGGGAACGCAGGGGCCAUCAGCGGUCAGCUGGUGUGAAACUCCUAAAAGAGAUUCCUCAUUGCGACAUAGACUUCUAAUGUGCAGACCCAGCACAGCUAUCAAAUCUGACAACACAAGAUCGCCAUGCACCAGAAAGACUGAAUCCUCCAUCAGUGUCAGGUCUGAACACUGGCUCAGUGCAUCGUUUGACUCUCUAGACACUGUGACCGGGGCUUUGGCAUCAAGCACUUUAAAACUGGAGCAGGAUCUGCCACUGUCUGGUAGAAAACGCCGUCUCCUCUUCACGCAGGUGAGGACAUCUACUCUUGAAGAUGGUAAACUCAACUCUGGUUGCCUUUCCAGUUUUGAGAGAAGAGUUUCACUCUCAGUUGCAGAUUUCAGUGAAAGCAUUUCUGCCUCUGAUCAAAAUAAUAUUGAGACUCUGUGCUUUAACAAAUUCCUGCCUACCUCAUCAAAGGAAAACUCUCAAUCACCAAUCACCGCUGGGGCAAAUAACCUAUAUGACAGCUCAAGUGUCUUGUGCACACCAUCAACCACACACACACACAAAUACUUCAGGUCUGUGUCUGAAGACAGCGGUUUCAGUUCCCUGACCCUUGAUAAAUCUCAAGACUCCUCGGUGGACCAUGAUGGCUCUUUCCAGGAACUGCUGCUCUCUGCCUCCAGAGGAAAGUGUGAAACCCCAAAUCUGGCAGAGGCAAAACGGCGCUCCCGUUUGCAGCGCCAGCACCGGCUUUCUACACUUAAAGAAGGGGGCUCCCAGUCUGAGGAAGACCCAACAGACAGAAAGCAUCUUCAUCAGUGCCACAGCCGUUCUAAAGAUGAGGUUUUUGAUGACAGUGCCACCCCUCGCAGCGUCCUUUCUGUUAAAUGUGGUAAUGGCAUGGCCUCUGAUAGUUUAGCCUCUGCGAAACAAGACUAUACCACCCCACUAAGAGCAGCUACAACGAAGCCAGAAAACGUGACACCUUUUAGCACAGCUCCUGCCAACCCAGAUGUAACUCCUCUCAGGACAACCCCAGUCAAUCUCUCUCUGACUCCAGCUUUGCAGCUAGUUCAUGCUAUGUGCCAGCAGAAAGCCCAGAUGUUUGUCGGCCAAAGUCCAAGUCUGAAGGAGCAGCUGAAGUCCACAGCAUCACUGACUGAGACCCCAGUGAUGUUCAGGACCACCAUGCCAUUGGCGGGGCUGAUCGGCAGGAAGAUGGGCCUGGGGAAGGUGGACAUACUUACAGAGCUGAAUAAGAGGAACCUCAGGCACAUCCUGGCUGUCAUACUCUGCCACCUGACCUCUGAGAGCAUCUACACAUGUGGUCAGGUGUGCAAGAGCUGGAAUAAAAUCAUCAAACAAGACAAGCGAGCUAGUUUUAAGAGAAGAAGCCACCUGAGUGAACUGGAGGCUUCUCUUGAGCUUGGUGGUGCUGUCCAUGUCCCUGAUGCAGAGACUAGACUCGCUCUGCUUAAGAGGUCGGCCCUCAAGACUGUUCAGGCCCAGUCUAGGACCUCCAGCUACUGCACCCCGCAGUCAGGAAAUAGCACUUUAACCCCUUUACAGCACAGUGCCUUACACUCAGGCAGCAGCAGCAAACGGGAAAAAUUCCUAGAAGUUGCCAAAACCCUCUUCAACGAUGAGUGCCUCAAGCCUUGCCCUCGAUGUCAGCAUCCUGCAAGGUGUCACUCAGUGAAAGGGGAGGGUGUGUGCAGCAGAGCUGACUGUGGUUUCCAGUUUUGCACAGCCUGUCUGUGCGCUUUCCACGGCUCUAAAGAGUGUGGCAGCCAGUCUGUAGGACGACGCAAGAAGGACAUACUUCUUCCCGGAAGCGCUCAAAGCAAGCGAAACGUUAGGAGACUAUGAGCAGAAAGUGAACUGUAUUCCUGUUUGCUAUGCCAAAGUUAUUUUUUUCUGCUUAAUGGCGAAUAUGAGGCUUAGCAACAAGGAAACUGAUUUGUAGCCAGUACAUGAGAGCAACUUCUGUACUUAUCAAUGUGUCUUUGUGCCUGUCUAUGUACUGUAUUUCACCCCUUUUUUCAACACAGUUCUUACUUGUGUGUUUUUAAUUAUGAAUGUGAAGGAAGUCUCACCAGCAGUACAAUGAUUGAAUUUUGCUGUUGAUGUACUUUUCCAUUCUUAUUGAUCAAUUGUACAUACUUUUUGGAAUUUCUGAGAUUUUCAACUUUUACCAAUGUGUUUUCAGAGCAGUUUUAAAAUAAACUUGAUUUUUUUUA